AUGAUCCAAGUCAAAAGCUACAACUUGCCACCGACAACACUGAUCCCAAACUCGCCGUAUCCUCUGCUACACUAUCCAGGCCUCUUGAAAGAAGUGGGUUGCAAUCCAGCUAAUGUGUACGACCUGUUCGAGAAGAAUGACUGGCAGAUUCACUGGAUAUUUCGAUAUGGUCCGACUCAGCAAUCGCAUUAUCACUCCCUCGCACACGAAUGCAUGACCGUCCUGACAGGAACAGCUACCAUUCGCUUUGGCGUGGCCGAUACCAGUGACGAUCUUGAAGCAAGCACGCAUGGCUCAGCCAAGGAAGACGGAGGCGUCGAGAUCCAUGCCCAGGCAGGCGAUGUCUUUGUCAUCCCCGCUGGAGUCGCGCACAAGACAUAUGAUACUACACCGGCGGAGUUCGCUCUACUCACGCCUGGCAAGGGACAUGGAUUACAGACGCCGAACCCGAAGAAGGCCUUGAGCGAGAUCAAAUUGUCUGGGUUCACGAUGAUGGGAGCUUAUCCCAGGGGCAGCAAUUGGGACUUUGCCGUGGGGACCAAGGACGCAGGGCACUUCAAGCGAGUAUGGUCGGUAUCCAAGCCUGCGCACGAUCCAGUUGUAGGAGACUCUUCAGAAGGAUUGAGAGGCCUGUGGGAACCAAGCCGUGCUAAGGAGUGGGCGAAUCUUGCAAAAUUGUGA